AUGGCCACCUUUCUCAACCCCGUGGACUCGAUCUUCAACAAGCCUAAGCCAGUGAUCCAUCUUGACCAAGCUCUCCUCAACAAGCUUGCCGAUGGAGCUGCAGCCUAUCCCAUCCCCGAGGGAAGAAAGUAUGAGUACGGAACUGCAGGAUUUCGCAUGAAAGCUGAUGCCGGACUUGACCAUGUCAUGUUCACCGUCGGACUGAUCGCCAUUUUGCGUUCCAAGAAGCGCAAUGCGACCAUUGGAAUCAUGAUCACCGCCAGUCACAACCCAGCUGAAGACAAUGGUGUCAAGUUGGUUGAUCCUAUGGGUGACAUGCUUGAGCAAUCUUGGGAAGGCUUUGCUACCAGACUUGCCAACACUCCAAGCGACAAGAUUCCAAAGGCCUAUGAAGCUCUUGUCAACGAGACUUUGGUUGAUGAGAUCCGUCAACUUCAAGAUCGUCCAGCCAAAGUUGUCUUCGCCCGAGAUACCCGUGCCUCCGGUCCCUACCUUGUCACCGCACUAAAAGCCGCGUUGGAUGCCGUGGGUGUUGCUUAUGAGGACAAAGGAAUCCUGACCACUCCCCAACUACAUUACAUUGUCCGAUGCAUCAACACCGAGGGAACUGUCUAUGCAUUUGGUGAGCCCACCGAAAAGGGUUACUACACCAAAAUGGCAAACGCUUUCAAGACUUUGAUGUAUGGACGUACCAUUCACGGUGCUAUUACGGUUGAUGCUGCCAAUGGUGUUGGUGGUCCUAAAUUGAGACAGUUGAUCAGUUAUCUUCCAACCGCUGCAGAAGGGGGCAUCGACAUCAAGGUCGUCAAUGAUGAUGUGCUCAAGCCUGAGGCUCUCAACUUUGAGUGUGGUGCCGACUAUGUCAAGACCAAGCAACGAAGCCCUCCCAAUCUGAACGCCAAGCCUGGUGACCGCUGCUGCUCUUUGGAUGGUGAUGCGGAUCGCGUUGUCUACUAUUACAACGAUGAACAGAACGUUUUCCAUCUGUUGGACGGUGAUCGUAUCGCGACCCUUGGUGCGGCUUUCUUGGCCGACAUGACUCGGGUAGCUGGGAUAGAUUCCAAGCUCAAGAUCGGCAUUGUCCAGACUGCGUACGCCAACGGUGCAUCGACUGAGUAUGUGGAGAAGGUUCUCAAACUCCCAGUGACAGUCACUGCCACUGGUGUCAAACAUCUUCAUCAUGCUGCGGCACGCUAUGAUAUUGGUGUUUACUUUGAAGCCAACGGACACGGAACUGUUCUUUUCUCUGAUAACGCCAUCAAGAUCAUCCGCGAAUCUGAACCCAAGUCUCCCGGGCAGAAACAUGCUCUCGAUUCUCUUCGGGCUUGCAUCGACUUGAUCAACCAAGCUGUUGGUGAUGCCAUCUCCGACAUGUUGUUCGCUGAAAUUGUCCUUGCCCACAAAUCUUGGACUCCCGACAAUUGGCGCAAUACCUACAUUGAUCUUCCCAACCGUCUCGUUCGUGUCGAAGUUGCCGAUCGUUCAAUCUUCAAAACCACUGAUGCUGAGCGAAGACUCACAUCUCCCAAAGGCGCACAAGAGGAAAUCGACAAAUUGUGCAGCAUGUAUCAAAAGGGUCGUGCGUUCGCUCGUGCAUCUGGUACGGAGGAUGCGGUUCGGGUCUAUGCCGAAGCACAUUCGAAGAUAGAAUCUGAGAAACUUGCAGGGCAAGUCACCGAAGUCAUUCGCAAGUAUGGAAGUGGUACCUAG